AGGGCUUCCUGUGGUCCUUUAUCAUCACGGCGCAGUUCAUGUGUUUCAGAAUGCAAUGACAGUUUAUGGGAGAGUAUUUAUGAAUUAUUGAUGAGUAUUUAUGUUAUGCUACGGGUUGUAGCUAUGGUCUUAGCUAUUUCCUAAGGUUGUAGCUAUUUCCAAUAAAUAAAUCCGUUGACAUUCAGUCUUAAGCUCCUGUAUUAACCAUGUUGGCCGCUGCUUCAUCGAGGUUUGUCCUUCAAAGCUGCUGGAAUCUACAAUCGUCUUUGACUCGAAUACAGAAUCUGUCACAAACAGCAUGCAAGAAUACAGUUAUUGUGGAGCGCUGGUGGAAGGUUCCUUUGUCAAAGGAGGGAAAGCCACCCAGACUCCAUCCACGGCGACACAGAGUCUACCGCUUGGUUGAAGAUACAAAACACAAAACCCAAGAAAAAAUGGAGCUCAUCCUCACUCAGACAGUGCCCAAGCUUGGUGGACGAGGAGACACAGUUUUUGUGAAGAAAUCAUUAGGCCGCAACACUUUACUUCCCCAAGGCCUAGCUGUAUACCCUUCGCAAGAAAACAAAGAUAUGUUUGCAGAGGAAAUAAGGCUACUGCGUGAAGGAAGACCGGAGGAUAGAGUGCAGACACGCACAGGACAGCUGACUGUUGAAUUCCUGAAGAAGACACAGCUUGAAGUUGCCAUGCACACUUCCAUUCAGUACUCACUCUCAAAAGAGAUUGUUUGCAGACAGUUUCUUAGACGGCUUGGUGUGGUUGUGCCUACAUAUGCUUUAACUCUUCCAGAAGAACCAAUCACAGGACCAGGAGAGUACUGGUGUGAUGUUACAGUGAAUGGAGUGGACACAGUCAGAGUUCCCAUGUCUGUGGUGCCGUUUGUGGAGCCUAGCCAACGGAGGCUUAUGAAGAAACAGGAAAACGAACAGCAAUCAGAUUCAGAAUAGGGUUUCCUUACUAAAGAAGUUGUGUUGAAGGAAACAACUUAGUGAAAACUCCCAAGGAAUUUGUAUAAAUAAAAGUUUUUUUCUGUAAUUUCCUCCUAUGAUACCUGUAUCUGCUUUUAGUUCUUUUGGCUUAUUGUGCUUGACUUUUAAAAAUUCAAAACUUGUUUGAAUAAAUGGAUCUUCAUAAAGCUAUGCAUAUGCACACUUUGAGCAGGGCACUAAUGUGUUAGUCAAAUUUGAAAAUUAAUAGCAUACUAUUUUCCAUCUUUGCAUCUCAUUGCAAAAUGUAUGCAAUUCAGAUCAACUUUGUCGGUUUAAUGAGUAUGGUACAACUUAAAACAAAUUUAGUCACUCCUUGAUGACUAAAGUCAUCCUCUCUUAUGGAUUCCCAAUAAACAUUUUGUUUGCUCUUUGUGAAACAUUAUUAUCCCUGCAAUAGGUCUUAAAUGACAGAUUAAUUUAACUUGAACAACUUUGGCUGGGAAAUACAAGCAUAUCAAGCAUCCCUAUAUUCAAAUUGAGGUAAUGAAUGUCAGCAUUCAAGCCAUUUUCUAUUCACACUGGAACAGAAAUAACAUUAAAUUAAAAUGUUAUUAACUUUA